AUGAGAAAAGGGAAACCCAGACAUGUGCCUAUGUUUUUAAGAAGCGAAAAUAAAAGAAUAUUUUUUAGCUUUUUUUCAUAUUUCAUGCCAAAGAAUGAUUUGAAUUUUAUUUUUGAGCAUUUCGAUAUCGGAUUAAUCGUACUAACUAAAAUACAUAAUAUCCGCAAAAAGUAUGAAGAGGAAAGAAAUAAUAUGAAAAAUGAAGAAUAUAAAUCCGAUGGAGAUGAUAUGAAAAUAUUUGAUGAAAAAUUAAAGAACUUUUUUUUAAAUUAUAAAAUUAAUCCUAACAUUGAAGAAUCUAAUGAUACUAACAUAUCUAAGAAGGAAAAAAACAAUAACAAUAAUGAUAAUAAUAAUAAAAAAAAAAAAAGAAACUAUACAUUAAAUAAUGAAUGCAAACAAAAUAAUGCACAUAAAAAGGUUAUGAAUAAAUCAAAUUCAUGUUCUUCAAAUAAAAAAAAUGAAAAAAAACAAGACAAUAUAAAUGACAAAAAAAAAAAUAAAUUACACAAUAUGAAUAAUGAAAGGGAAUGCAAUACAAAUAAAGAAAUAAAUAAUGACAUUCAACUAAUGUACAUAUAUAAUAAUGAACAAGAGAAAAUACAUAAUUUGGAUAGCCAAUCUUAUUUGCCUUAUGAUAAACAAAAAGGAAAGGAAAAACAAGAAGAAUCCUUAUAUAAAUGUGAGGACAUAUUAAAAAUGAAGAGUACAACGGAGGAUCGAAAUAAAAAGGAAGACGUAACAAAAAGGAAAAAAACAAAAAUUAAUAAUACAACACAAAAUAAUAAUAAUAAUAAUAAUAAUAAUUAUGACAAUAUUGAUGAUGAUGAUGAUAUAAUAAUUAGGAAUGAAGAAAAUUGUAUAAAUAGUAUUCAACAUAAUGAAAGAGAAAUAAAUAAUAACACACAAAAAACUAAAUCGCUGGAAGAUAAUCAAUAUAUAAUAAAUUAUAAUGAUAAUAAUGAAAUAUCAUACAACCAUAAACAUUUAGCCUUAUUAGAUAAUAAAAAUGAAGAACAAGAAAACAAUUUUAUUGUAAAUAAUAUGAAUAAAACAAAAAAUGCAAUUAAUAUAAAAGAAAACCUUGAACAUAUUAAAGAUAAUAAAAAGGAUGAAAUAAAAAUGGAAAGAGAAACAGAUGAUAUAUACAUUUCUAUGAAAAAAAAAAAUGAAACAUAUAAAAAAUUCAGCAAAAGAAUGAAUAGAAGAAAAAUUAGUGAACUUGUAAAUUAUCAUGAUGAUUAUUGUUUUUAUAUUACAGAUUUAUGUAAAAAAGGUACUAUGUUAUCAUUAAAAAAAAAUGAAUUAUUUAAUCAAAAAAAUGAUAAAAUCAAUAUCUUAUCAUCUGUAAAAUAUUUUAAUAAACCUAUACAAUUUAAUCAAAUUAAUUGGAAUUUAAAUAAUUUAUGUACAAUAAAUAAUAUUUAUACAAAGCUAUAUGAUGAACAUAUAAAUGACAAUAUUAUUAAUACAACACCAAACAUACAAACUAUUAUUAAAGAGAAAUAUUCACAAACAUCAUCUAUCAUGUUAGGAAAUGAACAUAUACAAAAUGGUUAUCAAAAUGGUAACCUCAAUAUUAAUAAUAAUGACACAAAUAUAAAUAAUAAUAAGAAGAAGAAGAAUGACACAAGUAUGAAUCAUAAUAAUAUAUGUACUAAUAACAAUAUUAAUAAUAAUGACAUAAGUAUUAAUCAUAAUAAUAACAAUUAUUAUUAUUUUAUGAAUAAUUAUAUGCAUAAUAAUAACAACAAUAAUUAUUACUGUUAUUAUAUGAAUAACACCAACCAUGUUAAUAAUUACUAUAAUAAUAUUUAUAUACAAAAUGAUCAUGAUCAUAAUAAUGCACCCAUUUUACAACACAUGAACAAUUAUCUACCUCAUAUUAAUCAUAUUAAUGAUAUAUGUUAUAUUCACUCAGAAAAAAAUGAAUAUACAAAAAUAUCAAAAAAUAAUCAAAUGAACAAUAUAAAUCAUCAACAAUCAAAUGGAAAAAAUCAAAAUGAUUUAUCAAAUAAUAUAAAUAAUAAUGAUGAAUAUUACAAUCUUAAUGAACAGAAAAUAUUAAAUGAUAAAAAUAAAUCACAUAUAAAAUGUGAUAUAACUCAAAAAUGUGAUAUAACUCAAAAAUGUGAUAUAACUCAUAAAUGUGAUAUAACUCAUAAAUGUGAUAUAACUCAUAAAUGUGAUAUAACUCAAAAAUGUGAUAUAACUCAUAAAUGUGAUAUAACUCAAAAAUGUGAUAAUACACAAAAAUGUGAUAAUACACAAAAUGAUGAUAAUUUUCAACAGAAUCAAAAUUAUAUUUCCAAUCCAUCAAAUGGAGAUAAUAAAAUAAAAGAACAAAUAUAUUAUGCACAACAUAUUCCAGGUUAUGAACAUAACAGUACAACUAACCAAAUGAUAAAUACACAAAAUUAUUCAAAUAUAAAUUUGGAUCCAUAUAUAAUGAAUAAUCAAAAUGAUAAUAAUGCUUAUUUAAAUCAAAAUUAUUUUGAUACAGAAAAAAAAAAUAAAGAGGAGAAUAUUAAUACACCUGAAACAAAUACACAUUUUAAUAAUAUACAUAUAUAUCAAAAUAAUAGUUGUAAUAUGAACAAAAUGAUAAAUCUAAAUAAUAAUAGUAAUAGUAAUUGCACACAAAAUUAUGACCUUUAUCAUAAUAAUAUAGAAAAUUUUAGUAAUACAAACUAUAAUAUUAUGAAAGAAAAAAUACAUAUAAAUAAUGACACUUCAUCAAUUAUAAAUAAUUCAAGUAUAAACCCACAAAUCAAUUUGUGUAAUAAUAAGAAGACAAAUAAUGAUUAUCAAAAUGGAAAUAUAAAAAAUGAUAAUACUAUCCCUAACAGUAGCAUUAAUAUGAAUGAAUUGAAAAAUAAUAUUCAAGUGAAUGAUUAUUAUACCUCUAAUAUGUACAAUAAUAAUAAUAAUAAUAAUAAUAAUUUUAUCAUUUCAAAUAAUAAUCUUAGUAAUGAUAAUAAUAAUUAUAUGAAUGAAAAUAAUGUAUAUUCACAAAUAAAUUGUAAUAAUUAUAUCCCAUAUAUAGACUCACAUAUAAACAAUGAACUUUAUUAUAAACCCACAAUAAAUAAUCAACUAAACACAAAUUGUAUAAACAAUAAUAUAUCUAUGGAUGAUAAUGUAUAUGAUAGUAAUAGUAUUUCUAUGCUUAUAAGUGAAAACAAUAAUGAAAAUAGAAAUUGUAAUAUUACAAAUGAUAUGUAUAACAAUAAUAUUAGUAAUAAUAAUAAUAAUAAUAUUGAUAAUAGUAAUAAGGGGUGCUUAUAUAUUCCUAACCAUGAAUUAUACAAUUCCAACUACAAUAAUACUCAGAAUAUGUCUUCAUCUAAUGAACUUCCUCCAAUGAAAAACUAUAUGAGUAAUAAUUUUUUAAUUAAUGGUCAUAAGGAAGAACAUAUUAUUGAAAACAAAUCAAAGGAAGAAACAAAUAAAACAAAUAAAACAAAUGAACAAGUUUAUAGGUCUUUGUUGCAAAAUAAUACACUUAUUUUGAAACAAAACGAAAUAGAUGAAAAUUGCAUAAGCACAUCAAAUCAAAACCUUAACAUUACAAAAGAUAUGGACAGUAUGGACAAUAUGAAUAAUAUAAAUAAUUUAUACACACCUUAUCAUAAUAAUAUACUCAAAAAUAAUGACAUUCAAUUUUUAAAUAAUAAUAAUACAGAGAUCAUAACAAAACAUGCAUGUGCACAUCCUUCAAAUGAAAUAAAUAUACAUGAAAAUAUAGAUACACAAAUGAAUAUACGAAAAAAUGAAAAUAAUAAUGAUAUAAUUAUUAACAAACAACAAAAAGAUAUAUCAACAAAUAAUGAACAAAACGAAAAAUAUAAUUACAAUACCACUUUUAUUAAAAAUGAAUAUAACAUAUUAGAUAAUCCAUCAACAAAUAAGAAUUAUAAACAAAAUUUAGAUUUAAAUAUAUCUUCAUCUCAUAAUACAAAUGAUCAUAUAAAUAAUUAUCACGACCAUAUUCAUAAGACAAAUAAAAUUCAUAAAUAUGAAGAAGAAAAAUAUAAAGAUAUAAAUAUAUAUAUAAAUAAUAUGAACUCCAAUGAUAAAAACAAUAACCAUAAUUUUACUAAUUCCUAUUUUGACUUAAACGAAAAUAAAAAACAAACCAAUAUAUUUUAUCAUGAUAAUAAUUCUUUAAAAAAUAUAUCAAAUGAAGAAUUAAUAAAUACAAAUCAAUAUAAAUGUAUAAAUAAUACUAUAGAUAAUAAUAUUAAUCAUAAAAAUGGUUAUAUAGAAUUAAAUGAAAUUAACAAUUCCAUUACAAAUAAUGAUGAGAAAAUAAUUACUCCAUAUUUAAAUAAUGGUGUUAUACAAAAUGGUCUGUCACAUGAUAUUCUUGAUGGGAUGAUUUCUAUAAACACACACAAUAAUAAAGAAUAUAACAAUAAUAAUAUUAAUAUUAAUAGUAAUAAUAAUAAAAAUGAUAACCACAAUAAUAAUAAUAAUAAUAAUACCAAUAAUAAUCCUAACAAAUAUGUAAAUACAUAUAAUAUCAAUAACGAUUUACAAAUAAAUAAUAACAACUAUUCUCAUAUCACAAACGAAAAAAAUAUGUAUCAAACAUUUAAUGAAAAUAAAAUCUUAUAUAAGCAUUAUUCAAAUAAUGUUCAUAAUAAUAUGACCAAAAAUCAAAUACAUGAACAAAUGAAUAUUCAUUCAGACAAUAAAUAUGAAACCUGUUCCUUACCUGAAAAAAAAAAUAUAUAUGAACCAAAUUCAUCAAAUUAUUUGUCAUAUGUAAAUAAUCAAACAAAAGAAAUGAAUUCAAAUUAUAAUGUUAACAAUUCGCAGUGGAAUGAUUCCUAUAUAAAUGACAUACAACAUGUAAAUAAUAAUAUUAUAAAUGAAGAAAGAAAUAUUUUACCCUAUCCUUUAAAUAAUGAAAAUAUUUUAAAUGAACAUAAUAGUAAUAUAUUAUAUCAUGAUAAAAAUAAUCAACAUGAUAUAAGAACAUAUUACAAUGAUUCAACUAAAAUUACAAACAAAUUAAACAUUGAAUAUUCAAACAAUGAAUUAACAAAUGAUGUAAUUAAUACAAAUAAUGAAUAUACAAUAAAUUCGAGAUAUCCAAUAUAUCAAAAUUAUUUUUCUAUUACUGAUAAGGAAAAAAUGAACUGUCCUCAAAUUAUAGGAAAUCAUAAUUUUAAUAACAAUCCUGAAUAUGUCAUUCAAAAUGAUCAUGUUAUAUCAGAUGGUAAUAAUAAAAAUGAUCCUAUUGAAAAUAGUAAUAAUAUAGAAAUAUUUAAUAUUGAACAAACAAAACAAGUAAAGCACAAUGAAAAUGCAACACACACAAAUAAUAAUAAUAAUAAUAAUUUAGUUCAUAAUAUGGAAAAUAAUUAUAAUACAGAUAAUUUAAAUAUUUCAUAUAAUAAUUACACUAAUAAUAAUAUGUAUAAUCAUAAUAAAAAUGAUAAUGUUAAUAUUAAUUAUAUGCCACAAAAUUAUUACCACAUAAAUUAUAAUAAUAUAGAAGCUUCUGACAAUAAUCAGCUAAUCCAAAUAAACAAAUAUAAUAUAAACACACAAAUUGACUCAUACAAGGAUAAAGACGAAAAAAACAUCCUUUCUAAUAAUAAUAUAAAUAACAUGAAUAAUGAUAACAUAAAUCCUGAUAGUUAUAAAUACUUAUGUAAUAAUAAUAAUAAUUAUUAUAAUUGUUUUCAGAACGAUGAAUAUAAAUAUAAUGAUAAAAAUUGUAGUAAUAUUCAAAACAAGAAGAAUAAUAUAGUAAAUGAUAAUAUGUCUAAUAUUAUUAAAUCACAAUAUAAUAAUACGAAUAAAAACAUGAUAUUAGAACAAUAUAAUAUAAAUAUGUAUGAAGAUAAUUAUAACCAAAUGAAUAAUAAUUUAUGCCUCAUAAAAAACGAUUCAAUUAGUACCUGUUGUGAUAAUAUAAAUUAUAAUAGUAAUAGUAAUAAUAAUAAUAAAUAUAUUAACAAUGAAUUAAAUUCAAAUGAAUUCUUAUAUUAUAAAACUGAUCAGGAAUAUGAUAAAAAAAAUAAUGUGUCUGUAAUAUGUGACAAUAUGAAAGAUAAAGAACAUUAUAAUAAUUAUGUAGCCUAUAAUGCAAAUAGCAGUUAUGAAAAUAUGAAUAAUUUCUCUUCAAACAGUGUCUAUAUGAAUUAUAAAUGUCAUUCUUAUAAUAAUAAUAAUAUUCAUAAUAAUAAUAAUUGUUAUAAUUAUCAUGGUUACAAUGUAAUGAAUACUAAAUAUAAUAAUCAAGGAAAUGAUUUCACUUCUGUAGAAAUUAAUACCCAAAUGGAUAAUCCUAUUCAUAUAGAUAAAAAUAAAAAUGAAGAUAUUUUAGAAAGGGACAUUAAUGGAAGGAUAAUUAAUAAUAAUAAUGAUAAUAAAAAUGAUAAUAAUGACAAUAAUAAUAAUGAUAAUAAUGACAAUAAUAUUAAUAAUAAUAAUGUUACAAAUAAUAUAAAUUAUUUAAUCAACAUAAACAAUAAAAACCAUUUUAACUAUACAAACAACGUUGACAAUAUCCAUCAUAUUGAUAAUAAAAAUAAUUUAUGUAGAGAAGUAGAAAAUAAUCAUAAUACCAUUUUAACAAAUAUAAAAAACUUAACGAAUAAAGAGUACAUUAACAUUUGUAGCGAUCAUUUAAAUUUACUAAAAAAUUAUAACUUAAAUAAUUAUAUUCAUUUAUUAAAAUUUAAUAAGUUAAAUGAUUAUUACUAUAAUUCAAAUAUUAAUAAAAGCCAAGAUGAAUCUUGUAAUACAUUUUUACAUAACUCAUUAAAUAAUCAAUCAAAUAUAAUUGAAAAUAAUAAUAUAUAUGAAAAUAAUCAAAGGAUACAGUUAUAUAAUUGUCCAUACUUUGAAACAUAUAACAAUAAUAUUAUUAAUGCAUGGAAUGAAAAAAACACAAAUAAUACAUAUAAUAGCUCUAUACCUUUAUCAAAUGUACAAUAUAAUUGGAAAAAUCAUAUUUUCAAUGUAACACAAAAUAAUGUUCAUAUAAAUGAUAAUAAGGAAUAUAAUUAUCAUAAAUGUCCAUAUCUAUAUAAUAAUCAAAUUUUAACUAUUAAUCAUGGAAAAAAACAAACUAACGCACUUAAUUACCUUAAUUGUAAAGGCGAAAAUGAAAUAACAUAUUUCAAUGAUCUUAAUUACAAUGAGCAAAAUUUUAAUGAUCACAAUAAAAAUAAUAAUACUUAUAAUCAUGUUCAUAAUAAUAUAUAUAAUGAUGUCUAUAAUCAUAUGAAUCAAUCAUAUAUAUAUAAUAAUAUGUGUACACAUAACAAUUUUAUACACGAUUUAAUAAAAAGUAACAAAUUAAAUAAUAAUUCCAAUUAUCUAAAUAUAUUCAAUAAUAUGAUACAUUUACAAAAUUUACAUAAUGAAAAUAAUCAUUCAUCCAAAAAAGAGAAGUGUGAUCAAAGGAAACAAUGUAAUAAUACUGAUGUAGUAUGCACAUUAAAAAAUAAUCAUCUCAAUGAAAAUAAAAAUGUCAAUAUUGUAAAUGCAAUUCCCCAUACAUUAAAUAACUAUUAUAAUUUUCAUCUUUUAUUAAAUAUAUUAAGAAGAAAACAUCUAUACCAUAAUUCAUUUAAUGAACUUAUUUCAAAAAUGACAAAAAAUUAUAAUAUUAAUGGUAAUAAUAAUAAUGAUAAUAGUAACCUUAAUAAUAAUAAUAAUGUAAGAUAUAAUAAGAGAAAUUAUUCAAUAUCUUCAGUUGGUUUUAGUAACAGAAGCAAAAGAUGGACAAUUUGCCCUUCCUAUAUAUGUUGCAACAGUGCCCUAUGCAGAUUUAAACUAACAUGUAACUUCAAAUUUUUGCAAUUUAAUCAAGCUUACAAUACUUUUAAUAUACCUUAUGCCAUAUAUAAUUGUUACAAAAAUAUUAUGAAUAAUUAUCACUACUUCACAUCUACCUUAUGUCCACAACAAACAUACUUAUCCAAGCAUUCAGCACAGGAACAUGAAACAAUUUUUAAUGUCUAUUGGCACUUACUAAAUAAUGAAAAAUAUAAGUACAUACAAAAUAUCAUUUUAUUUUUAGACAGUAAUUUAUAUACCAGAGCAGUAUGGCUAUUAAAAAAGGGACACAAUAUGAAUGAUAUAGAAGUACAAAAAGCUGAGAAAAAAUUAAUAAAAUUAAUGCUACUUGUAUUUAAAUUCACAUAUGAUUAUAAAAAUGAUAAUAAUAAAUAUGAAUACAUAAAAUCAUUUUUAUAUUCCCUCAGAAAUAAUCAUAUCAAUUUUGAAAUUAUGAAUCGCUUUUUAUUUUAUUGA